UUGAAUAAUCACAAGCUAUCCAGCUGAAUGCUUGCAGUACAGCCCGAUUGUUCAUGACAUCACAUAUCAAACACUGGGAACAAAUCGCACUCCAAGCUUUCUCCAUCUGUCAGUCUGUCUGUCUCUGCAGAUUUCUACUGGUUAAAGCAGCAAGCCUCUUGUUACUCAGAAGCCUGUGUGUGCAGAGGAAAAGGCAGCUAUGAACCUUCUCUGUGUGUGCUACUUUUUACUCUUCUUUCCGGCUCUGGUUGUCAGCACAAGGUUGUUCAGUACUUGAGGAUGGCGGAGACUUAACUGGCCAAUCAGCUGUUCUCAUCAUUAGAAAAUCUCACUGGCAGCCAAGGGAUAAUAAACGACUAUGCGCAUGCAUUUUACUUGAGCCUACAUAGAUCCCUGGCUUCUGACACUCCAAAACAAUGCGGGGUUAUGAAGAUCUGGAAAGCAAGCUAAAACAGAUUUCAAUGGAAAAAAGCAGCCUCCUUCAGCAGCUCUCAAAAUCAGCAACAGACUCGCAAGGAAUGAAGUCCUUGAAAACUGAUGAAGCUGCUGCCAAAAAUGAUGUGCAAAAACUUCUGGAGAUAAGCCAGAAGCAGAAAGACGAAAUGAAAUCUCUGCAGGAAGCCCUUCAGAAACAGAUCAAUGAGGCUGCAUUGAAAGCAGAGAAACAGCAGGCUGGGAUCAACUUCUUAAAGGCUGAGGUGGAAAGGAAGAGCAAGCUGAUAAAAGAUUUACAGCAAGAGAAUAAAAGUCUGAAAAACAAACUUCUCUCUGGGAACAAGCAGUGUGGUAUUCAUGCAGAAGAGUCCAAAAGGAUCCAGUCACAGCUUAAGGAGCUACGCUAUGGGAAGAAGGAUUUGAUUUUUAAGGCACAGCAACUGACUGAUCUUGAACGCAAACUGCUGGCAGCUAAACAGGAAUUGGAAAAGACGGAAGGUGAUAAGGAAUCCCAGCUGAAGGCUUUGAAGGAGGUGGCACGUCUCUGUGUGUCAGGUAUCCUAAAGAACCAGCCUCCCUUUAUGAGCAUCGUCCCUCCCAGAACUACAGAGAAUGGGAUCUUAUUAAGCAAAAACAGUUCCCGAUUUCCCUCCUACCAGCCCUCCAGAAAGCUCCUGGAUACCUCCCACACUGAAAAUACCAACAUACCAAGUAAAGGGCCGGUCCUUAAUGAGGCCAUGAAGAGUAAUGACCAAGAUUUAAUGGAUUGCAGUUUGCACAAGGCUGGCAAGAAUUGUUCUACCAAUCAAGGCAAUAACCCUCCCACUAAAUAGGAAAACAUCCGAAACAAGUUCAUCUCUACAGAUGAAACCCUACAAGACUGAGCAACAGAUCACAAAAAUCAGAGCAAAAUGUGUUCAUUUAGAGACGAUGGUUAUUGGUCAUGAAAAUGCAAAGUUGUCUGCUACAGAAGCACUGCAUAUAACACAGUAGAACAGUUUUGUAUUUGAAAUCAUUCUGUUUGCCAAUUACUUCAGCCAUUUUAGUUCACACCAAUAUUCAAUGAUGUAGCAUGAUGUGUUUUUACUUCGAGCCAGCUGAUCUUUUUUAGACAAAUAGUAUCAAAUUAAGGUGAUUAGAGAAAAGUAGGAGGCUAAUUAGAGAGUUUUAUUAGAAUUAAUGGCAAUAGUAAAAAGAAGGCUGCAAUAAUCCAUUUUUCUUAUUGAAACUGUCCCAUACCAUUGAUUAUUGAUUUGACAAAUACAUAGUAUGUGAUGUGUAUUGAUGCUGCAGUAGUUUUCACAAGUUCUGGUUCACGGUGAAUGGUAAAAACUGAUUAAUCACCAAAGUCAACAAGUGACAAAAUUGCUAUAGUUAAUAACGAGCAUAAAUUUAAGAGAAGUUCAAUCUUAAAAUGUUAAGCCAUUAGUUAGUGAGCAUAAGAGCAUUCAAGGAGUUGAUUGAAUUCAUUAAUAAUAAUAAUGAUAAUAAUAAUAGCCUCCAGUUAAUUAACCAUUAGCAAAAAAGUUAUUUCUGUUACCAAAGUAAUCCUUCCUAAGCAGAUAUAUUUCUUAAAGCAAUAAUGAAUUGUGAUUUUUUUUUACUGAGUAAAAUAAUGCUUAAAAGAAUGACUAUCUGCUAGACAUCUUGCAUGUGUGUGGUUCUCUGAAUGCUCUUAUACUUUAGUCCCAUUAAACAUCAGUGUGCGAGAAACUGACAACUCAAGCUUUGCAAACCUAUGUUUUUAAAAAGAAUUUCCUGUUAAUACACUAACAAAGAAAAUUAUUUGAAUAAGUAAAUGAGUGGAUCUCCUGUGAAAUUACUCACUGGUUUUAAAAAUCUGAGGAGGGAAUGUCCAAAAAAUACCUUUACAUUGAUACAAAGCCCCAUUAAUGGAGACAGGUACACAGACGGGGAGACAUGUUUUUGCCUCACAAUCAUUGCAACACAAGCGGCUCUUUCUAAAACUUGGUUAUUAUUUUUUUCCAGUUUAUUUUCUUUCUUGUCCUUUAACAGAUCUGUUUCCUCUGUCACAUUGUUUUAAUUUAUCUUCACUUUUCCCCCUUUCCCCAACUUGUUUUCUAAUUACCCUUCAAUCUUCUUAACCUACUGAUUUUUAUCAACUUGCAGACAACAUGAAAAUUGGUGGUGGUGGUGGUGGUGUUAGCGAGGAAUAUAGUCUUAGGCAACAGAAUAAUACUGGUAAAUUGGACAGAGAAAUGGCAGAUGGAAUUUAAUCCUGACAAGAAGAAGGUGAUGCAUUAUGAGGGGAGUCAGAUGAGUGUAGUAUACACACCAUGAAUGGUAGGGCCCCUGGGAGUAUUGAGGAACAAAGGGAUUUUGACGUAUAUGUCCAAGGAUCCCUGAAAAUGGCAGCACAGAUAGAUACGAUGGUGAGAAAGGUAGUAAAUCUUUCACCCAGAUGGAUGCUGAAGUCAGUAAAGCACUGUCUGAGAAAGUGGUGGAGGCAGGUGCUCUUGCAAAAGAAACAACUGGACUAGCAUUUAAAUUUCUAAUGUUAUUGUAGGCUGUGAACCAAAUGCUGGUAAGUGGUAUUAGUAUAGAUAGGCACUUGAUGGUCAGCAUAACCAUGGUGGGCCAAAGGGCGUAUUUCUGUGCUGUAUGAUUCUAUGGAUCCUCUUCUACUUUUAUGUUGCCAGGGAAGUUAAUUCCCCUUCAUCUUCUGGAUUGGGCCUUUAGAGGAUCAUGAGGCAUGGCCUUGGAUCUGUUAGUGCUCUCUUGGCAUUGAGGGCAAAAGGAGGAUGGAAUGUGAGCAGGACCAUGGAAGCGCCUUACAAGGCAAAUCAUGAAGAUGUUUGUAUAUUAAAAAUAAUUUUUGUGUGCUACUCAUUUCUAAGUGAUGGAGAAACAGGAAAUAGGGAGAGGAUGAAGAUCAGACAGAAAAUUCAACAUAAAGUAUCCAUUGAGCAUUACUUAGGAUAGAUCAGAGGGUACUUGCAACUGAGCAAGGAUAGUUUAUGUCAGUUCUGAUCUUCUUGCUGGACUGAGCUAGCCUAUGACAAAAGGAUAUGGACUCAUUCAUUGUAGUUUGUUAUUAUCGAGAAGGUGGCAAGGCCGGGACUAAUGUUUGAAACCAAAAGAAUUUUCCAUUAAAAUACUAACAAAUAAUUUACAUGUCUUCAUUUGAAUGGAUCUCCUGAGAAAUCGCUUGUCAAUUUGAAAUCUUAGUAGAAAACAGAAAAAAAAUCCUUCACAAUUAGAAAGCCUCAAUAAUUAGAGGAUAAUAGAGUGGAGGGAUGAAUUAUUAAUGUACCUGGAUGAUCAAACUAAUACGUUUCUACAUGUUUCUCAUUUAUUUUGAGGAAGUAUGUGGAGGAGAUUCUCUUCUGGAGAGGGGUAGAACAAGUUUAGGAGUCUGAUUGAAUUCAAGUUGUAGCAGAGAGAGAGGCAAAUUCUACAUGUUUUUUUUUCGGAGUGGUUCUUUUGGGAGAUGGAUGUGGCAGAAAGAGAAUGUAACAUCAUUGUCAUAGGAAAGAAUAUAUCCAUAAAACUGUAAGCACAAGUGGACCCUUAUGUGGGAAGUGGAAAGGAGGGAUCUAUACUGCAGAUGUUUAGAAAGGAUGCAAAGUGACUCUCUGUUUUGUGCACAGUAAUGAAAUGAGUGAGAGUGAAAGAAUGACAAGAUACUUUAGUGUUUACAGUGCAUCUUUAAUUUUCAUGAGAAUGGGAGAAAUGGUGGGACUUUUCCAGCCUGGAUUACAACAUGCUGCACCUUCUGGCUUAUUAUGAGCAAUGCCAUGGAAGAUCCACUUACUAAUUAACUUUUUUUAAUGGACUAGUUUAACAUUUGGAUUGUACUUUAAGUAACAUUUUACUAUUUGAAAUCAAAGCUUCAUUAUAGAAAUCAUUAUCCUGAGAUUCAUUGACUCUCUUCUGGCAAAUUUCAAUUAACACGCACAUUGUGAAUGUGGUUGAAUUAUUUGGAUGAUGAAGGAGAAUCUCGUUAUCAGAAUUAUUGCAUGAAACCAUACACAAAAUGACAAUCUCCCAGGCAUUGGUUUAUACAGAGAAGAUGAAUUCAGAUUCAGUUACUGACCAGUGCCUGUGGAGGAGAUUUUGCCAAAUUGUGAAAUAACCUGCUUAAAAAAGGAAAUCAACCUUUUUUUCUUCAGCAAGGGAAAUAUCUUUUAUUUUUCUUUGAAGUAUUUGAUCAAAGAAAGAACAGAUUAAACAGUUGGAAAUAGGAUUCUGAAUGGUGCAAAGAAUUAAUCAAAAUGCAACAUUGGUGUCAUUUAACACUUAUUCAAGAUAUAUAAAUUUCUCAAGAUAUCUUUUUUAUCUAUGUUUACUAUUUUCUUGCUUGCUAAUGCUGACCAGACUAUCAUUAUGAUAGAAUAUUUGCCUAAUUCAUAGUGUGCAUUUAUAUUGUGCACUCAUUAUGACCCAUCCAACUGAUGGUAACCAAUAGAAUUUGCAUAGAAAGCCUGAAAGCAUAAAUCUCUGAAUAAACAUUCCAAUACUUUAAUUCAAAGGAUUUUAAUCCCUUCAAAAACAAAACAACAGAGUAGCAAUGUCUUUGGGGUGUAUUAUAGAACUGCAGUCUCAGGAAUUUAUGGCUGUUUACUAAGGACCACUUUGCUCAGUAUAUGACUCCUAAAACUGCAAAUAGUUUGGCUCAAAGUUUAACUGAAAUAAAUUCUUAAAACAAUGAAGACAAAGUAACUGUCUAAACCAUGAUUUGGUACAUUCAGUACGAUCUCGUAACCAGUGCAUUUAUACAAUUACACCCUGUUUGAUUUGGUUUCAUUCCAUUCUGUACACAGGGAUAAUUUUUACAUUUCUUGUGGGGAACAGAAAAUGAAUAGCACAAAUAAAUGUUGAUGCCACAUAACUGAUUUGUAUGAAGACAUGUUUUAAUUACAUUUAUAUUUGGUAAUCUUCUGAUGGAGAUUACUUUUAAUAGUAGCUUUUCAUUUUAUAAUCUUCACUCAAAUUGUGCAAAAAAAAUCUUCAACUGGAAUGCCCAAGUGUUCUAUUAUAAACUGUUUGUUCUUUAAUUGAAGACAUAAUUUAGAAGUGAAUAAAAACAUGCUUUUAUUAUCCUAUUAAAUUAAUUAUUUAAGA